GCCGCCGCGGACUACGCAUCCUUUGCGCUGCUGCUACCCGCCCGGAGCUGGCCGCAUUGGGGCGCAUCGACGUGGCCACCACGUUGGACUACAGCCGUGACCUUGGGGACCUGGCUGCUGGCGUUUUUUUCGCGUGCUUCACCGGGCUUGUCUAUACCCAGAAGGACUUCGCGAAGAUUGCCAGGAACGAGACUGAUACUGCGUGCCCUUGCGGCGCCGAGGUCGAGACACUUUCCCACAGGUAUCACCGCUGCUGCUUGCACAGCGCGGAGCGGGAGGCCGUCCCGGAGAUCGCUGACCCCGCGCAGGUGGACGAUGCCCUCGUCACAUUUGGCAUUGCGCAGACUACGGAUGCUGAGCGCGAUUCCUGGGCGACCCUGCAGAGCUCCGUCCCCACGGUUCCGCCAGAUUGGACCGUUUUGCGUGUUUUCGAUGACGACGACGGGUUCAUGAAUUUCUUCACCGACGGCUCCGCCGACCAUGCCGAUGACGCCCAGUGGUUCGGUGCAGGCAGUGGGGUGGCUUUCCGUGCACGCAUGGCUGACGGGUCGCUCCAGUGGCACCGUUGGUGCUCUCCUCCCCCAGGCCUCGUUCAAACGAUCUCUUGUGCUGAACUUGCUCCUUUGUUGAUGUUGACUACCACCGUGAACCACGACAUCCGGAUCUGGAUCGACAGCAAUUCUGUUGCGGACGAGGCCCAGGCUCGUGUCUCCACUGCUGGCCGCAGCCUGCCAGGCAGCUACGCCGUCCAGCCAAACGGCGACCUCUGGCAGCUGUUUGACGACGCCCUCCGCGCCCGCCCUGCCAGGCGCGUGGUAGUGACGAAGACCAAGGCUCACACAGAGCUCGCUGAUGCCCGCACGGUGAUGGACGCCUAUCUCUGGAAUGGGAAUAAGACAGCCGACGCUGCGGCCAAGCGGGGCCGGUCCGAGCACGAGGGCGCUCGCGACGCUGCCCGCGCAGUGGCCCAGCGGGUCGCGGCUUCGACUUGCCGCGCGCAGUGUUUUCAGCUUGCGGCGCAGCGCCGCAUGCUUGAUGUGCGCGGUGGCGACGGCGCGGAGCAGGCCAGCGACGCCCCUGGCGGCCCGGCCCCUGGCGGCGCUGACGACGCUCUGCCGCCGCAACACCCCCUAGUGUGGGGCGUGAAUCCUGUCCUCGCCACCUCGCGGCGCAACGAGCUACCUUUCCUGCCCCCGGCAGCGUUCGGCAAGCAGCUGAUGCGCGGCCGGCAGAUCUACGACCGCUUCCCCACAUGGUGGCGCACCCUUGCGUGGCUGGCCCGCUGCGAUGAAGGCCCCGGCAAGUGGCUCCUGGCAGACCUUCGCCCGCCCGCCGCCGUCUUGCCCCAGACGCUCAAGGCCAAGGGCAUGCUUGUGCAAGCGGUGAUCAAGGUGCUGGAGCAGCACGCCGCGGGGUUCGCGCUCGAGAAUUUCUUCCGGGACCGCGACGUCCGGCAGAGCAAGUUGCAGAUGGACUACGUCUUCGCGACUGCCUUGGGCGGUGUUCCUCUGAGUGACGUCAAAGAGCGCGUCGUUGGCGCUGAUCCUCCCAGCGAGCGUUUAGCUACGCAUGGCAGCGCCCUGAGCGCCAUCGAGAAGGCUGACCUCGAGCUCUCUGCCGCGCAGGAGGGCCAGAG